AUAAGUUUCAUGAUGUUUGGGAUUGUUUGCAAUCUAAAGACAACUGAAUAUAUCCUUCAUUAUAUAUAGAAAUCUGUUAAAUCGAAAAAUAUGGGAGUCUUUAGCAAGCGCACUCGCUGGCAGUUGCUUUCCACGUUAACGUUGUGCGUUAUGUCGUUAACUCACGGAAUAACACUGGGAUGGUUUUCGCCUACUCUGCCCCUCCUAAAAUGCGAAAAUAGUCCGGUUGGUCGACUUGACAUUAGCGAGUUGAUGUGGAUCGGCGCUAUGUUUGGUUUCGGCUCUCUGCUUUGUAAUAUGAUCAUUUGCUUCCCGCUCGCAUUCUUUGGACUUAAGAAGUGCAUGUAUUUCGUGCCCAUACCCAAUAUGAUUCACUGGAUUUUAAUCUACUUUGCAACCAAAUCAGUGUAUCUCCACAUGGCUCGACUACUGUUGGGAAUAUCUGGUGGUACUAUGAUGGUUACUUUUCCUAUAUUUGUCGCGGAAGUAUCCGAUAAUAACGUCCGAGGAACUUUAACGUCUUUCUUUAUGCUGACCCUCUGCAGCGGCCUUACUGUGGGAUUUGUAUUGGUUCACUACAUAUCAUAUCAUGUGCUACCAUGUAUCGUAAUUGUCCUGCCCAUUCUCUUUUUCUGUCUCCUCAUUCCCUUCCCCGAGCCGCCACAAGAUUUGCUGAAACGGGGUCGUGAUGAAAAGGCCGCGAAAUCUUUCUACUUCUACAAGAAUUUGUCAAAGGACCCGACGCAACAGAACGAAAAUCAAGCGGAAUUUAUAGUUUAUCGGGAUAAAGUUCUAGGUGGCGGCAUUAAGGACAAGGUUACCUUUUCAGAUUUCUAUAACAAGGAGUCGGGAAAGGCCUUUGCACUGAUCAUUGUGCUUCUGGUUUGUAAUCAGAUGUCAGGAUCCUUUGCUAUUUAUAAUUAUGCGUCGUCCAUCUUCACAAGACUCGGAAGCAGAAUGGAUCCGAAUAUGUGCUCGAUUUACCUGGGUGUUGUGCAGCUCUUUGGCCUGUCCAGUGCCGUUGUACUUGUGGAUCGAGUGGGUCGCCGAUGGCUGCUGAUGCCUUCGCUGGCCGUGAUGGGUCUGGCUGAGCUGGGUGUGGGACUGCUAAAAUCCUUUGCCUCGCAGGACUUCUUGAUACACCAUGGCUGGGUUGGGCUGACUUUAAUGUGCAUCGUGGCAUAUUCGUCAUCGUCUGGACUGGUAGCUCUUACGUUUGUCAUCAUCGUGGAACUGCUGCCCUUUAGGAUCCGCGCCCCUGGCAUCUCCUUGAGCAUGUGCGGACUUAGUUUGUCAGUAUUUAUGGCGCUCAUGACGUAUCCCGCGAUGCUCAGCCAUCAUGGAUUGCAUAUCUUAAUGUUCAUGUCGGCCAGCUUCUGCCUUCUAGGCUUAAUAGUGCUGGGCAUAUUUUUGCCUGAGACCAAAGGAAAGAGUCUGACGCACUAAUGUGUUUAGUGAAACCUGGCUACAUCGAUUUCACGUUGUUCAGAUAAGUGACAAACUGCUGUUUGGUUAAAUCGGUCCUUAGUGACAGGUGGUUGUGAUAACGAUAAAUUACUUUUACCCAGUUAUAAUAAUAAAUGGAAUCAACAACCGAACUA